UCGAGGUUAUUUACAAACGCUAUUGGUCAGGCGUACUUUUUAUGCGUGCGAUGACAAUGUUAUUUGUAUUGUGUUGCAGGAUUGCAUAAAUAAUCAGUACUAUUAUCAGAAUAUGUGCUGGACACUUAGAAGCUUAUUUGAAAAAUAUUGGUGGUCUCUGUGAAAUACAGAAUCAUUUCUGCUUAUACUUGCACUUACUAUCACAAGUUGUUUUGAAGAUAGGAUUCUGACUGUAGGUGCACAGAGUGGCAUGCAGUCAGGCGUUGUACAGGUCCCAGUGUUUGUGUACCCGUCACCCAUUACUUUCUAUCUUGAAGAUCAGAGCACUCACAAGCAGGUUCUCACCCUCUACAAUCCAUAUGACUUCCCGAUCAGAUUCAGGGUUCUGUGUACAGCACCGAACAAAUACACGGUUGUGGACCCUGAAGGCUCCAUCAGGCCCAAGUUUUGUAUUGACAUUGUUGUCAGACACAGUGCCAUCUCACCAGCCAAUUGUAACGUCACUGACAAGUUCAGGAUAUAUUUGCAGAACCACACAACCAAGCAGUCGAUAGGGAAGCAAGAUGUAGCUGCCACUCUGCUGCCAGGGAAACAGAGUGGUCCAGUAUUAGAUCAUGAAGUAUUUCAGAGGCUUCCUCCUAGGCUAGAUCUGUCUGCAGCUGGAAGUUUGCAGCAGCCGUUUGAUGCACGUGACUACAGGCAAGGCCGCGUACAGACUCCGAACUAUGUGGUGGUUGUGGCGGCAAUAGUGUGCAUUUUGGCUCUAUUGCUGCCUACACAAGGAGAUGAGGAUACAAGAUUUCCUACAUAUUUGCAUCUCACAUCUCACCUGAAGCUGGUGUUUGCAUAUGUGCUGGGUUUGGUCACAAUGGUCAUUCUAAGACCAUCAUAACAGCAGGAGGGUGAAAUACUGCCAGCCUUACAGCAUCAACAAGAUAUGUGAUGUGGUUUCAGAAAAUGACUUAUCAUGUAGAAGAUGCACAUAUAAAGUAGAAAAAGCUAGGAGACAUGCAUCUUAAGUUCGCAAGUUGUGGGGCAAGACUUUACCAUAGCUCUAGCAUAUUUAUGCGCUAGAGCACGCAGUUCUGCUUCGGUCAUUGUGUUUUCAUCUCAUUAGUCUGUUCUUGCUUCAUUCGCUGCAGACUGAACCGAGCUGACGUGCGAUGCGAGGUGCGGGACUGCGGAGGGACACUUACUGUUAUUUGUUCAAACUGCCUUGAUUGCAGUUAUGAAGUGUGACUGAAAAGCUGCAAAGUUUUGAAAGAAAAAUAACUGAACUGUUCUUAUGUCUUCAUAUUUUAUUGUUUUACUUUUAUGGCAAGUUGCAGAAGUGCCUCCAUUUGAUUCUUCCCUCCAUAUCUUUUAAUAUGAUUGUUUUUCGGUAUCUUAUUUCAUGUGAUGUAACCAUAAAAAUAUUUGCAACAUUUUAAAAAAGUCUUAUGGAGCAGUGGCAGCAGUUUGGCAUUUUUUCUGCAGUAACUGAAAGAACAGAAAAUAUAUCAUAUGAUUGUA